CAAGGGUGGCAGCCAUGCAGAUCCUCGUCAACACCUGGACACGCUUGACCCACUGAUAGUUAAGACAUCAAACAAGUCAACCAUCCAGAUCUGUUGCCAUGAAGACCUCAGUUGUCUUCAUCUGCCUACUCCUCAUCCUUCCAGGAUGCACAGCGGAGGCUGUAGCGGGUGAAGGUGCUGACGACCAGCCUCACUUAUCCAAGAAAGAUGCUGAAGUACCGGCUGAAGCUGAUACAAACGAAGUCGAAAAGAACAUUGAAUCAAGACACGUAAGAUAUGGCAGCAGUAACGGCAUUGGAUGGGGAAGCAGAACUGCGAGGACCUACGGGACCAGAACUGGGAGCACUUACGGAAGAAGAACUGGGAGCACUUACGUAAGGAGAAUUGGUGGCAGUAGCAGCGUUGGAUGGGGAAGCAGAACUGGGAGCACUUACGGAAGAAGAACUGGGAGCACUUACGUAAGGAGAAUUGGUGGCAGUAGCAGCGUUGGAUGGGGAAGCAGAACUGGGAGCACCUACGGAAGAAGAACUGGGAGCACUUACGUAAGGAGAAUUGGUGGCAGUAGCAGCGUUGGAUGGGGAAGCAGAACUGGGAGCACCUACGGAAGAAGAACUGGGAGCACUUACGUAAGGAGAAUUGGUGGCAGUAGCAGCGUUGGAUGGGGAAGCAGAACUGGGAGCACCUACGGAAGAAGAACCGGUAUCAGAUUGGGAAGCAGAUUUGGAACCUUAUUCCGAAGGUGGGGACAGACACGCAGUGGAAUACGCCGACAAGGACACCGCAGGGGAGGCAUAGGUUGGAGAUAUGGGUGGAGACGUGGCUGGGGACAAAGCGGCGGCGGUAGCGGCGAUGAUAGUGGUGACGGUAGCGGCGACGGUAGCGGUGACGAUAGUGGCGACGGUAGUGGUAGCGGCGACGAUAGUGGCGACGGUAGUGGUAGCGGCGACGACAGUGGCGACGGUAGUGGUAGCGGAGACGAUAGUGGCGAUGAUAGUGGGGAUGAUAGUGGAGAUGACAGCGGCGAUGAUAGUGGUGAUGACAGCGGUGAUGAUAGUGGAGACGACAGCGGUGAUGAAAGUGGAGACGAUAGCGACGAUGAUAGUGGCGAUGAUAGUGGAGACGAUAGUGGCGAUGAUAGUGGCGAUGAUAGUGGUGACGAUAGCGAUGAUGAUAGUGGUGACGACAGUGGGGACGAUAGUGGUGACGAUAGCGAUGAUGACAGUGGGGAUGAUAGUGGUGACGAUAGUGGAGAUGAUAGCGGCGAUGAUAGCGGCGAUGAUAGUGGGGAUGAUAGCGAUGAUGACAGUGGGGACGAUAGUGGAGACGAUAGUGGUGACGAUAGUGGAGACAAUAGCGGCGAUGAUAGUGGAGACGAUAGCGGCGACGAUAGCGAUGAUGAUAGUGGUGACGACAGUGGGGAUGAUAGUGGAGAUGACAGCGGUGAUGAUGGUGGAGACGAUAGCGGCGAUGAUAGUGGGGAUGAUAGCGAUGAUGACAGUGGGGAUGAUAGUGGAGACGAUAGUGGUGCCGAUAGUGGGGAUGAUAGUGGGGAUGACAGCGGUGAUGACAGUGGGGAUGAUAGUGGAGACGAUAGUGGUGACGAUAGUGAUGAUGAUAGUGGUGAUGAUAGUGGGGACGAUAGUGGAGACGAUAGCGACGAUGUGGAUGACAGUGGGGACGAUAGUGGUGACGAUAGCGAUGAUGAUAGUGGUGAUGAUAGUGGGGAUGAUAGUGGGGACGAUAUGUGAUGAUGAUAGUGGUGAUGAUAGUGGGGACGAUAGCGGUGAUG